GAGUCUAGAAUAAUUGUUGUUCGGAACGAAACGCAUCGCCGCAUCGGCUCUACGCAGUAUUGUACGUGAUUGUACCGAAUACCGGUGACCCGCGGCUGCCCGCUGCCCACAUUCGUAGUUCGUACACACUUGAUAACAACCGUAAUAUUUUGCAAUUAAUUGUUUUAUGUUUAAUAACAUUCAAUUAACAAACCGACGCAGAUUUUUGCAGUAAAUCAAUCAAAAUGAUCAUUCCGAUCCGGUGUUUCACGUGUGGAAAGGUCAUAGCAAACAAAUGGGAGAGUUACUUAGGCUUACUACAAGCUGAAUACACAGAAGGUGAUGCUUUGGAUGCACUUGGACUUAAGCGAUAUUGUUGUAGACGUAUGUUACUCGGUCACGUUGAUUUAAUUGAAAAGCUUCUCAAUUAUGCGCCGCUUGAAAAAUAAUUUUCAAGAACAAUUUUAUACUAAUCAUUUUUUUUUAAAUAAAAUAAUCGACCUGUAAGAUGUAA